UCCCCGUUCUCAGUAUCAGGGAGGAGGUCACCGUGGGACUACAGUUCCCAGCAACCUUUGCGGGGACGUUGACGGAAGUUUGACCUGUGAUUCGAGUGUUGACGGUUAGGGACUCAGUCACAGGUUGUAGUUCUGCAGAGCGUUGGGUUAUUUUAAUAAUAUUAUAGAUUUUUUAGACGGGACUGAUUAGAGUUUGUAGCAGGUGAUUAGGCACACAUGUUCUGACGAGCUUCAGUUAAUCCAGGCUAAAAUGAAGCCGUCGCUGGACUCGGACGAGGAGGAGGAACUGGGAGCUUAUCAGAAGAAACUGAGAGAGCAAGCCAACCGCAGUAUUCAGCAGCUGAGCAGCAUGCUGGCAAACCAGAGCUCUGAAUCCGAGGCCUUGGAACAGGGAAGCAGUGAUAACAGCAUGCAGGACAGCUCACAGCAGCAUGUGCAGCAGAGUGAAGCAGCCAAUCAGCUGCGUUCUUUGCUUCAGAAACAGCCCCGAGAAUCACAAGUUCCGUCUCUUUCUCCUUCAAAAAGGAAAUGUGCUCUCAAGCAGAAGCACACAGAUGAGGUUAGUGGGAGUUUGCCUGCAGUUCGAGAUCUGGUUCCUAUCAUUCACAACCAGUCAGAAUACAUCCAGCAUCUUGAAGCAGAGGUCAAGUUCUGCAAGGAGGAGCUCCUGUCAAUGAAGCAGAGGGUCAGAGUGGUGGUUGUGGAGAAUGAGAAACUUCAUGAGGAACUCAAGGCAAAGAUGGUGGAGGACACUUUAAAGGAGUACACGCUCUUGGAUGGAACGGUAAAUGGAGAAACCGCUGUGGAUAAAAUCACCUUAACACCAGCAGCAACACCAAGACAGUCUUCUGUGCAUCAAAUAGAGGAUAACAAGUGGAAAAAAGAGCUGGAGCAGCUGAAGUGUCUGUACCAAGCCCAGACUGAGACCCUAGAAACUCAGGUUGUUUCCCUUAAAAAGGACUUGGUAAGCUCUCAGAAGGAGUGUGAGGAGGUGAAGGAGCGUCUGAGACAUAAGGAAACAACGGCAGCCCUGGUGGGCACUGGUCAGCGUGUUGGGGGGCUGUGCAUAAAAUGUGCUCAACACGAAGCUGUUCUGGCAGAAACACACUCCAAUGUUCACGUCCAGGCCAUUGAGAGGCUCACCAAGGAGCGAGAUGAGUUGAUGACUGCGCUGUGUUCCCUGAGGGCCAAUCAGAAUGAGGUUCAGCAGAGGGAAUGGGCUGCCUAUCAGCAGGUCAAACAGGCCGUGGAGAUGGCAGAGGAGGCCAACCUGGAGAAGACCAAGGCUCUGGUGCAGUGUGAGAAUGUGCUUGCUGAGCUGGCCAGGCAGAGGGAGAGACUGGAGAAGGAGCUGGCCUCUGAGCAACAGAAGAUCUCACAAGCCAAGGAGUCUGCUCGCUCCGAGAGCAAGAGAGAGAAAGAGGAGCUCGCUCUGACGGUGACCUCUUUGACCCGGAGAGUGGCAGAACUAGAGGGACUUUUGGACCGAGGAGAGAGAGAGAAGAAUUCUCUUAACACUCAGCUGGAGGAGGCCUUUAAGAAGCUCACCUCACAGGAGAGCGACAGCAGCAAGGCGUGUGGAGAGCUGCGCUACCAGCUGAGCCAGGCCAAUCUUAAGAGAGAAGAGGCCGAGAGGGAGCUGAGAGACACCAGCUCCAAACUGAGCCGUCAGCUCGAGCUGGCUGAACAGGAAGUGCAGAAGCUGGGUGUGGAGUUGAGCGGCAGCCGGCAGCGUUUGGAGGAGGCCCAGAGGGCGGAGGGCCGAGCACGGGCGGAGGCAGCCGGCCUGGCCGAGGGGCUGAGCCGCGCCCAGCGCCAACUGCACCUCACCAGGCAGGAGAAGGAGGCAGUGGAGCGCUGUUGUGCAGAGGACAUGGCUGCUCUGACCUUCCAGGCACAGCGGCGCGAGCACGAGCUGAGACACACACUCCAGCAAAUGGAUGCGCAGCACGAUCGUAGUGUCGGAGAAACGGAUGCUUUGCUGAGCUCUCAGAACGGCCUCAUAGUGAAGCUGAAGGAGGAGUGUCGGACUCUCUGUGAAAAGCUGGAGGAGCUGACCCAGACUAGCAGGGCGGAGGUGGAGCAGCUGUCCCUAGAGAAAGAGCACCUGCAGGAGAGUGUGGAGAAGCUUCGAGGUCGCUGUCAAGAAAUGGAGGAGCAGUGUGUGCAGCAUGGAAGAAUGCACCAGCGCAUGAAACACAGGCUGCAGCAGCUGGAUCAGCAUUGUCAGUGCAGCGCUCAGCAGGUGCUGGAUCUGCUCAACAGACAGAAGCAGCUUGUGCAGGAGAGGCAGCUCCUCAGUGAAGAAAUGCAGAACCUGCGCAUCCAGCAACCGGUCGAGAGGAGAGAUUUCCCCUCGGUGUGAGAGUGAGUGUCUCUCUCUCUCUCUCUCUCUCUCUCUCUCUCUCUCUCCUGUGAGCUGAUCUGAUCACCGGCGCUCCGGCCGCUCGCUGUCCGUUAUCUCGGGGAGAUGGUGGUGAUUCUGCUGGAGGGGUGAAGGAGGAGUUCAGUGCGAGUUUGUGCGUGUGAGACCUGCAGGGGUCCGAGUGACAUCACAGAGCAUGCUGAGAGCACAGCAGCAAUGCUGGCUCCUCGUCACUGACACUGUCAAACACACACACACACACACACACACCUUCUGCGCUCCCUGGUUGCUGCACACGGGUUUCUUAUAUUACUUCCACGACCGCAACACACUUUCUUAUUUCUGUUUCUCUGAAUCUGUUGAUUUUGAUGGUGCUAAUUUUUGAUGUGAUUAUUUAGUAAAGUAUUAUUUAAUAUAGUAUGUUUUAUAGUUUUAUACAGCUUUUUAUUUGUGUGUUUUGUAAACAUAUCUGUUUUCUGGUUGUCAAGAAAUGAGUCUUUUAAACCAAGAGCUACUUAAUUUAUUUUUAAUAACUUCAUAUUAAUCAUCAAACUUUUAAUCAGGGUAUGUCUUCACUUUAUAAACAAAAGGAUUAAGACUCUUUUUCAUGUAUUGUUCCUUUUGAAAUCAGUUGUAUUAAAAAAAUAAUACUGCUUUUGAUUGGAGUAACUGUCUCUAUUUUAUAUGGCAAGCAAAUAUUUUUUAUUGAGUAUUGCUGUGAGGAUUUGAUUGCAGCAGCAACAUAAGAUUAAGCAAAGUCAGGAUGUUGAAUGAUCCCCGCUCUGACUAAUCCACAUCUCCCCGAAACAUCUCAAAAAACUCCAUUGUUCCAGAGAACACAGUCUCUCUGCUCACAGCUCAAUACUGUGGUCUUUAUAUACCACCAGCCCACGACUGGUAGGUACACAUUUAUCAACUCCAAAGAAAAUCUGUGCUGGCAACCGGCGCAACCUAUAGUAGCUGAAUGCAAACAUCUGGACCACUUAAAAAAUGAAGAGUUUCUUAGAUUUUACCAAAUUGGAAUAUAAUCAAGAAGAAGAUGGAUGUUCACAAGCCACCAAACCAAGCUGAACUGCUUGAAUUUCUGUACCAGGAGUAAAGGCAUAAUGUUAUCCAAAAGCAGUGUGUAAGACUGGUGGAGGAGAACAUGCCAAGAUUAUAUGUAUUAUUUGAGGUCUGAAAGCUCUGCAUCUUUUUUUUUGUUAUUUCAGGCAUUUCCCAUUUUCUGCAAAUAAAUGUUCUAAAUGACAAUAUUUUUAUUUGGAAUUUGGAAGAAAUGUCUGUAGUUUAUAAAAUAAAAUAAUGAUAAAGCUAUAAAAAGCAAAAUCUAAUAAAAUGAUUGAGAAACUGAA